CGACUCUUCAAAAAACGUAGGGCUGAUUAGGAUCAUUGCUUGUGUGUUGCCUGUUUUAGAGUGUAAAUUGAUUUGUAACAGGUACUUCACUUCCAUUUUUUUUCAAAUUUGUUUUAUUUUAUGUCAUAUCUGUAGCACCUCAGGGCCGCCAGCGGAUCCAAUCGGUGGUGCUAUUGUUGCUCAAAGUAUUCUGCAUCGGUCCCACGAUCCUGGAAAUCUGCAGUCGGGGAGGGGAGUUGGACCCUUUGGGAGCGCGAAAUCGGUACGUGAAAGUGGUUAAGGUAUAGAGACAGGUAGUUGCAGUAGCAUUUCAAAUGCUUAGCUGCCUGUGCGCAGACAAUCAGGCCUCGAAGAUGCCUCGCAGAUUCUUUGUGGGAGGAAACUGGAAGAUGAACGGGGAUAAGGCGAGCAUCGACGGCAUUUGUGAAUUCUUGAAGCAAGGCCCCUUGGACAAAAAUGUGGAUGUCGUUGUUGGAGUUCCGGCGGUGUACCUUGAGUAUGUUAAGGCAAGGUUGCCUGAGGAUGUGCAGUGCGCUGCCCAGAACUGCUAUAAGGAGCCAAAAGGGGCUUUUACAGGCGAGAUCAGCCCAGCUAUGUUGAAGGACAUUGGGGUGGAAUGGGUAAUCCUGGGACACUCAGAGCGUCGAAAUAUUUUUGGAGAAUCAGAUGAAUUGAUUGCUGAGAAGUGCUGCCAUGCCCUGGACAAUGGUAUGAAAGUCAUCCUCUGCAUUGGAGAGAUGUUGGAGGACAGAGAGGCAGGCAAGACCGAAGAGGUAGUGGUGCGUCAGCACUGCAUGCGCCAAAAGAUUAAGGAGUGGGCAAAUGUUGUUGUGGCUUAUGAGCCUGUCUGGGCCAUUGGUACGGGCAAGACUGCAACUCCUGCUCAGGCUCAAGAAGUCCAUGCUCAGAUUCGGAACUGGAUGAAGGAGAAGAUCAGCCCAGAUGUUGCAGAUGCAACUAGGAUCCUGUAUGGAGGAUCUGUGUCAGCAGACAACUGCAGAGAACUGGCAAAGCAGCAUGAUGUCGAUGGAUCCCUGGUGGGAGGAGCAUCUUUGAAGCCUGACUUUGUAAAGAUAGUCAAUGCCAAUGUCAAGUAAACAUCUUGUCCACGUUGGCAUGCUUCUGGAGG